AUGGAGCUGGCGGAGCGGUUCCUGCUGGACGCGCUUGCUUACCUGGAGUGCGCCCUAGGCAUCCUGGCCUUCGUGCUGGUCUCGCGGGUGGGCUCGCCCUAUGGGCGCUAUGUGUCCCAGCGCUCGGCCUGGCAACUGGCUGCGCCCACCGCCUGGGUGGUGCAGGAGCUGCCCUCGUUGGUCGUGCCGCUCUUCGUGUGCACCGGGAUGGUUGCCGAGCGCCUCCGCCUCUGGCCCAACCGCAUCCUCCUGGCCAUGUUUCUCGUCCACUACGUGCAACGGUGCUUGAUUUUCCCAUUUCUGAUCCGAGGAGGGAAGCCGACACCAUUGUACUUAUGUGCAAUUGCAUUCAUGUUCUGUACCUACAAUGGCUACUUGCAAAGCAGAUACUUUAGCCAGUAUGCGGUGUACGCUGAUGACUGGGUCACUGACCCCCGGUUCCUAAUAGGUUUUGUUUUGUGGUUAAUAGGCAUGCUGAUAAACAUUCAUUCAGAUCACAUUCUAAGGAAUCUCAGGCAGCCAGGGGAGACUGGAUACAAAAUUCCAAGGGGAGGCCUAUUUGAAUAUGUAAGCGCAGCCAACUACUUUGGAGAAGUAGUUGAGUGGUGUGGCUAUGGCCUGGCCAGCUGGUCUGUUCAAGGCUGGGCUUUUGCUCUGUUUACCUUUUGUGUUUUACUCUCUAGAGCACAACAGCAUCACCAGUGGUACCUUGAGAAAUUUGAAGAUUAUCCGAAAUUCAGAAAAACUAUAAUUCCAUUUUUGUUUUAAGUCCACUGUCAAUGGGAUUAUCAUCGACUUGAUGCUUUUUUAUGAUGUUUCU